UCUUCAUUUUCCCUCCUACUUUCCUCCCGUUUUCUCACUUCCCAAACACCAGAAGAAGAUGGCUACCGAAACAGCAGCCAAUGAUGCUCAAAACCCAAGCCCCACUUCAAACUCAACACCAGAGCUUCAAAACCUUAGCAAUGGAGAGAUGUCCGUUUACCACGAAUCCCAAACUUGUGACGACAUCGACAGCUCUUGCUCCACCCCCUACGUCAGUGCUCCCUCCAGCCCAGGACGCGGCUCUGGAAGCGGUGGGUUCUUCUACAGCGCUCCGGCGAGCCCCAUGCACUUCGCACUCUGCGCAAUGCCGUCGCCGUCAACUUUCACCGCAGCCUCGUCGUCCACCGACGCCGAGUUCGAAUUCUCCGCACGGCUCGCCUGCUACGGGGACUCCGCGGCGGCGACGUCGACGAUGAUAUCCGCGGACGAGCUCUUCCUCAACGGCCAGAUCCGGCCUAUGAAGCUCUCCACGCACCUGCAGAGGCCGCAGCCGCUGGCUCCGCUGCCGGACACCGACACUGAAACCGACGACGGAGACGGCGACCGCGGUAGAGAUCCAAGACUCCGCGCUCGAUCCCUCCGGCGGAGGACCAGAUCCCUGUCUCCUCUCAGACAGUCGCCGCCGCACCACUGGAACGACCACGACGAAGAGCACAAAAACGACCCCGUUUCAGCGACCAAAAACACCGAAACGGCGUCGUUCUCGUCCUCAAGCAACCGGUCAUCGAAACGAUGGAUAUUCCUCAAGGACUUCCUCUACAGAAGCAAAAGCGAAGGCAGCAGCAACAGCCACACACACAGCCACAAAUCGUGGUCGUUCACUCACGUAAAGCCAAAGAAGUCAGCUGCGAGAAAGGAAUCUCCGGCGGUGCCGGCAGGGAAGAGGAGAGUGGCAUCAGCGUCACCGGGGGAGGUGCAUUACACGGCGAAGAGAGCACAGGCGGAGGAGCUGAGGAAGAGGACUUUCUUGCCUUACAAACAAGGGUUGUUGGGGUGCUUAGGAUUCAGCCAUAGGGGUUAUGGUUUAGCUAGGGCUUUGAACCCAGUUUCUUCCAGGUAAUCCCUUUUCCUGGGGUUUCAAAUUUUCCCAUGCAUACUGUAUAGAUUUUUUUUCCUUUCCUUCUUGUGGGUCUAUAUCUUAAUUAACAUAAGUGUUUUUAUCAAAUUAUAAUGUUUGUAUCA